AUGGCGGCCGUGACCGCGUCGUCAUCGGCGACGAAGUCCUCGGGCCCGACAACACCGGGGCGCACAAUCUCCUCGGGCUCCUGCUUGACGGCGACGACCUCGAUCUCCUCCGGCUCCUCUGACCACUCCCUCUUCACGGAAAGAAGGCUCGCAUCAGAAGAGGAAGAGCUCGCGACAUGGGAAGAUCUCGCGCCGGAGGACGAGCCCGCGGCAAAGGAGGGCGUACGCCCGUGCCGACGGUUGUAUUCCUCCUUAUCGCGGACGCAGAAGCUCACCGGCAGCGAGAGGCCCCGGUUCGUCCACUUCCUCGCCCCGAGCUUCCUCGCGCCGUCCGCGACUCUGAUGGCGGAUGGUGAUGGACCUUGGUAUGACGGAUUAAUCGAUGAGUGGGAUAAGGAGCAUCGUGCUCGUGCCAUUGAGAAUGGACAGGUUGUGGUUGCUAUGCGCAUGAGGGGUCAUUCCGCUGAUGACUUUGAUUACGACCCGCGGUAUGAGCCUUACAUUCGGAGAUUGGGUCUUCUCCCAUUCGUGUUGCAGUUUAAGCGACGCGCUCCGCCGGUGAACCACGCGGCGCUGACCGCACUUGUGGAUCGUUGGAGGCCAGAGACUCACUCGUUCCACCUUCCAUGUGGGGAGCUGACGAUGACCCUACAGGACAUGGCUAUGAUAAGCGGCCUUCCUAUCAACGGACAAGCUGUUACCGGUCGUGUCAGCGUGGGUAAUUGGCGAGAACGGACUGCCGAUUUAAUUGGCGUUCAGCCCGAGGACCCUCAGGAAGGCAAGGCCGAUACCGCGAAAGUGAGGCAUUCUUGGCUAAAACUGGUCAGAGGAAACACCAACCCGUGCCCUCAAGAUGCCAAUGACGUGGUUGUGCAGCAGUACGCGCGGGCCUAUCUUUGGUAUGUACUAACCAAGGUAGUCUUCUCAGAUGCAACUGGGAACUCAGCCCUCUGGAUGUUCUUGGAGCCACUUAAUAACUGGGAUACCCAGUAUAGCUGGGGUUCGGCCGCACUAGCAUACUUGUAUCGUCAGCUUGACUUGGCGUGUCGGAGGAAGGGAGGUACAUCCUCAUUGUCUGGGUUUGUUUGGAGCCUAUCCGUGUGGAUGUGGGAGCGGAUCCCGGUUGGACGACCCGAUUUGAAGAACCCCCUCAUGGCAAACCCACGGGGUAAUCAUGACGGGUUGCAUGAUGAUGAUCCAUAUCGGCGCCCUACGCUUGCUUACUAUUGGGAACAAGUGACUGUCUACACAGGAAGCUCGCAUGUGCGAUACAAGUGCUAUAUGAACGAGCUGGACACCUUGACUGCUGAGCAGGUACAUUGGUUGCCUUAUGUGGAAGAUUGUUCGAUCGAAGGAACAAUCAGGAUAUAUCGGAUUGGGCAAACAAACACCGUGCGUGGAUAG